AAAGUCUCCGCCAACGACAAUUCCUUCGUGAACAGCAUCCAUCCCUCAGUAGAUUCUGUCAACAAUGUCUACACUUCCAGAAUCCAUCGCUGCCUCCGGAUCGAGCUCGCUCUCAAUCGUCAUCCCCGACGGAGGACCGGAACUGGGGUUCCGUGACCUCGAGAGACUUGUUGCUCAGUUCCAAGCUGAUCUGGCCGAGGCUGGGUUGAAGCCUCAGAGCUAUGUUUCUCUGGCGUUCCCGAACAACCUGGAGUUUGUUGUUUCGUUUUUGGCUGUCACUGCGCAGCGCUGCGUCGCUGCUCCCUUGAACCCGGCGUACAAGCAGAGCGAGUUCGAAUUCAACAUUGAGGACAUCAAGACUUCCCUGAUCAUCGUUCCCCGCGGCUUCUACGAGAAGCAAGAAGCUGCCGUCAAGGCCGCCAAGAAGUUCAAGGGUGUCGCCAUUGCCGAAUGCUGGUGGUGCCCAAGGCAGAACAAGGUCCGCCUCGAAGUUAAGGAGAAGGGUAACCUCGGCGGCAAGCAGGCUGUUGCCAAGGCUCAGCCUGACGAUGUUGCUCUUGUCUUGCACACCUCUGGAACUACCGGUCGUCCCAAGGCUGUUCCUCUCACUCACCGCAACCUGACGAGGACCAUGAAGAACAUCAUUGCUACCUACAAACUCACUGACAAGGAUUGCACCAUGCUUGUCAUGCCCUUGUUCCACGUACACGGUCUCCUGUGCGGUCUCCUCGCCACAAUACUCUCUGGAGGUACUGCUGUUAUCCCCGUCAAGUUUUCUGCGGGUACUUUCUGGCAGCAAUUUGCCAAGCACAAGUGCAACUGGUACACCGCUGUGCCUACCAUCCACCAGAUCCUCUUGAGAAACCCUACUCCCAAGCCUCUCCCCAACAUCCGCUUCAUCCGCAGUUGCUCCAGCCCUCUCGCCCCUACCACUUUCCACGCCCUUGAGAAGACCUACAAUGCUCCUGUUUUGGAGGCUUACGCCAUGACUGAAGCUGCUCACCAAAUGACCUCUAACCCUCUUCCUCCUGGCAAGAGAAAGCCCGGAACCGUCGGUGUUGGUCAGGGUGUCGAGGUCGUUAUCUUGGAUGACUCUGGCAACAAGCUCCCCCAGGGCAAGGAGGGUGAGAUCUCUAUCAAGGGAGAGAAUGUUACUAAGGGAUACUUGAACAACCCUUCCGCCAACGCCAGCUCUUUCACCAACGGCUAUUUCCGCACCGGGGACCAGGGUAAACUCGAUGAGGAUGGCUACGUGGUCAUUACCGGACGUAUCAAGGAGUUGAUCAACCGUGGUGGUGAGAAGAUCUCCCCUAUUGAGGUUGAUAACGCUCUCGCCAGCCACCCCGCUCUUAGUGAGGCUGUCAGCUUCGCUGUCCCGGACGAGAUGUACGGCCAGGAGGUCCACGCAGCUGUUGUCUUCAAGGACGGUCAAAAAGCCAGCGAGAAGGAGUUGAAGGAUUUCGUCAGCGAGAAGCUUUCCAAGUUUAAGAUUCCGAAGAAGAUCUACUUCACCAAGGUUAUGCCCAAGACAGCUACUGGGAAAAUCCAGAGGCGUAUUGUUGCGGAUGCUUUCUUCAAGCCGGAUGACAAGAAGCCCAAGGCUAAGUUGUAAACAU